UAAGCGGGCAUUUAUACUCCGACAGCUCAGUCUCUCCAGCGGAUUCUCAGCCUUCUUCUUUACAUCUGAGCUAAAUCAUCACUAACAUCACCAUCAUGUAUCCAGAUCAUCUGAUUCACGCUCUGCUGCUGUCACUGAGUGUGUGCCUGUCUGUGGGAGCUGCAGUCAUUGAGGACAUGCUGGAGAUUAAGUCGGUCUCUGGUGAGGACACCAUUCUUCAGUGCACAGCCAAAUACAAGGACGGUGUUCAGUACAGAGCCGUGAGGUGGUACAAGGUCCAAGAUGCUCCGUCGUCUCGUCUCAGCGGCCUUUUGACCAAAGACCUCAUCAACGGCACGACCAGCUGGUACAUGGACUUGGAUCGAGAGGUGGAGCUGCAGGACGAGACCCACAGCAUCUUCCUGCCCAAUGUGACGUGCAGUGACAGCGGCGUGUACUUGUGUCACCUGGCAGCACCUGUGGGAGAGCAGAUCAGGGAGGGGCAGGUUCUCCUCACUCUGACAGAUUGUCCUGAUGGUCCCACAGAAAAACUGAUGACCGAUACUUACCUGGUGAUUUGUGCCACAGCAGUGCUCAUGGUAGCACUUGUAAUAUUCCUGAUAAGCUAUGGUAGUCUGAGGAAUAUCCUUAAAGACAGAACCAGGACAACAAAAAAACAAACUUUACUGGAUGCACCGCUUAAACCGCUGGAAAAAAAGGACUUAAUGUUGAUCUACACUUUGGGUCCAAAAACGUCCACAAUGAAGCACGUCUGUGUUUAAAGACAAAGCCGGUGCUGAGAAAGCUUGAGACCGUAGAACACUACCUCUCUGCAGUACUGUCAUCGAAGUGAGUCCGCGACAUACUUUCUGUUGAAUAUGGAGGAUUCACGUGAGGUGACACGGUGGUGCAGUUGUUCGCACUGUUGCCUCACAGCAAGAAGGUUCCACCGUGUGACG